AUCACCUUUGCAAAGGAUUUAUUUACGUCUUUAGGAUUUUUCUAUUCCAGGGACGGAACUUUAAGAUGGAGAUGAAGUGUUUAACUUUAAAGGAUUUGCUUAGUGUGAGGACGCUAGUGAAUAAGACAGGCUCAGGUGAUACUGGCAACAUGAAUGACCAAAAAGAGAACAUCUGCAUGGACAGAAGGAAAAUGACCCCACUGAAGUGUGAGUCUGUGAAGGGACAUAGGAGAGUUUCCAGCCCAGAUAUCACCCAUAUAACCCCCAUCAAACACACAGAGAGGGUCCAUCCGGACCCCUGGACCCCAACAGCCAACCUGAAAAUGCUGAUCAGCGCCGCCAGCCCAGAUAUCCGCGACAGAGAGAUGAAGAAAACCCUCUUCAGACCCAUUGAAAAUGAAGAGAAGGCUAUAGAGGAGGAUGAAGAGGAAGAACUCGACGACUCGUGUCAGUAUGAAGCGGUAGAGGAUUCUGAGAGGAGACCCAGCCGGAAACAGAAGAGUUUGGGGCUUUUGUGUCAGAAAUUUCUGGCCUUGUACCCUGAUUACCCAGAAACCUCUGAAAGCAUCAAUAUUUCUCUGGAUGAGGUGGCCACAUGCUUGGGUACGAGAAACUAA